CAAACUAAUGAACAGAUGUCAGACAUUUUGUGUAUGUGUGUGUUUAAAUGUCACUUACGGUUUCCUUUGACUUCAUUUUUUUCAGGUCGAUAUGCAUUCCACCUUUGGAAGCCAUUGGGGCAGGCAAUUACAGAGACAGCAAAAAAGAUUUCAACUUCUAGUCUUUCGUUAUACUAUAAAGGAGGAUUUGAGCAGAAAAUGAGUAGGCGAGAAGCAAGUCUUAUUUUAGGUGUAAGUCCAUCUGCUGACAAGGCCAAAAUCAGAGCAGCCCAUAGAAGAAUCAUGAUCUUGAAUCAUCCUGAUAAAGGUGGAUCACCUUACUUAGCAACAAAAAUAAAUGAAGCAAAAGACUUGCUGGAAUCCAGUACCAAAAAUUGAAAUCCUAAGACUUGCAUCACAGAAAAUCAAAAUAAAAAAACAGCAGAAAACAAACACAAAAACCACCUGCUUCUUAUGUAUCUUUCUCUGGAAGAUUCAACAGAUACAGUGUGCAACAGCUUUCAUAUGUACUUCUUCUGCACAGUUGGUUAACAGUGCACUGGAUGUUUAUAUUUAUUGUUGAAAUUAAAGAUUUAAGACUAUUUAAAAACAAA